UUAGCGCUCCAUGUGUAACAAGAACGGACACGCAACUCUAUAAUUUAGUUCAGCAGUUCUUAUAUUCAUUCUACCUUUUGUUUAUCACGAAUCCUCUUUGAAUAAUUUUUUAUUGUUACCGAUCCCUAAGACUUAACUCAAUAUUUAAAUUCUUAAUGUGCUAAAUAUGUAUUUAAAACACUCAUCAACUGUUCAUUAAUAACCUUCCACGCGACAAGAGUUUCAUUAUAAAUAAAUAAAUACAAUAAAUAAUUUUUAUUCGUAUAGUACAAUAAUUUGCGUAUGUAAGGAUUUCGUAGUUCCCCAAAAGUCUGCCACAGGUUAAAAAUCGCUAUUCUAAUUAAUUAUAAUUAAUUAACAAUCACAACACGAUUAUUCAUCUUUUAUUUACUUCAAUAAAAGAAUGAGUUAUAAUGUGAUUGGUUAAUAACAUGUGUUUCAUUUUGCAAUAUCAGAAGUACGAAAUAAGCAGAAAUGCUUUGCUAGCGUUUCCUUGCAUUUGCAAUAUUAUUUAAAGUAAUGGAACUAACAAUAUUGUGUUUAACAAUAAACUGUUUCGAAUAUUUUAAAAUAAUUUCUAUACAUUAGAAAUUAUAUAUAUAUUGUUCAAUUAAAGUGUAAAUACAUAUUGCGCACAUACAUAACCAACAUAUAUGUACAUGUAUAUGUACAUGACCAAGAAAAUAUUCAUUAAUUGAUUAAUACUUAUAAUUAUUAUCUUAAUCGAUGUCUCAACGUACUAAAGUUAUCCAAUUAUACAAGACGCUCUUGUAUAUGGGUCGUGACUAUCCAAGAGGUUAUAAUGUUUUCAAAGGAAAUCUAAGAAAAGCUUUUGAAAAAAAUAAACAAGAACGUGAUCCUGAGAAAAUUGAUAAAAUGUUGGCUCAUGGUAAUUUUGUUAUCAAAGAAUUAGAAGCUUUGUAUAUGCUACGCAAGUAUAGAACUUUAAAGAAAAGAUAUUAUAAAGAAUGAUAUUGUAAUACAUUAUAUUGUACUCAUAUGUUUAAAUAUAGACACAAAAUACAAAUUAAAAAUUAAUUUUCCUUAUAA